AUGCUCGAGUGCAAACCAUCAUCUGUUCCAAUGGAGUGCCGUUUACAACUGCAGAAAGGUAAUGAAUCUACGCGUACCACCAAGCCGUAUAGAGAAUUAGUCGGAUGUUUAAUGUAUGUAACUCUCACCACUCGGCCUGAUUUGUGUGCAGCAGUGAACUACUACAGCCAAUUUCAAAGUUGUCCAACCGAUGAACAUUGGGUGCAUUUGAAGCGCAUAUUGCGGUACAUCAAGGGUUCGCUGGAUAUUGGGCUGAAGUUUGAAGCUGUCAACGAGGAACCGGUGCUUGCUGCAUUUUGCGAUGCGGACUGGGCGAAUAACGUAGUGGAUCGACGCUCGGUGACGGGAUAUGUGUUUAAGGUGUUCGGGUGCACUGUUGCAUGGGGCACGAGAAAGCAGCCAACAAUAUCGUUGUCGUCAACAGAGGCAGAGUUGAUUGCGUUGUGCGUAGCUGUGUGUGAAGGAAUGUGGCUCAAGCGGUUGAUAGAAGAACUGGGCCACAACAUAAGUACAGUUCCGUAUUAUGAAGACAACCAAAGCACGAUUAAAGUUGUUUGUGAACCGAAGGCUAGAAGCAGAUUAAAGCAUAUCGACGUCAAACAUCGAUUCGUUAGUGAUUUGGUUCAGCAGGGGCAAAUAGAAGUGCGAUACGUAUCAACGGAUCAUCAGGAAGCAGAUAUAAUGACGAAAGGUCUUCCUGCAGGGCAGUUUCGUCGGCUACGCGAGAGACUGAAUCUACUAGACAAAAAUUGA